AUGAUUCCACUAUUCUGUUAUGUUCCCGUUGGAUUCUUCUACAUCUAUAAUAAGUACUCGGGAACCCAAAUAACCAUCUCCCAGUACACUCUAUGCCUCAUGAUGACUCUUCCCGCGUUAUUCGACCCAAUUCUUCAAAUUUAUUUUAUUGUCCCCUAUAGACGGGCGGUGAGACAAAUGAUGACGUGUGGCAGAAGCAGGAGGAGGGGGAUUGAUGACGCGGAGAGCGGCGCACCACGUCAUAACACAAUUACCCUAUGGCAGAGGAGGAAAUCAUCGCAGCCCAACCAAAGAGUUGUGAAUAAUACGGCUUAG